AUGCAUGCCUCAAGACGUCCCUUCUUUGGAGCAUGUGGUGCUGAGGGCACGGCAAGUUCUUUUUCCCUUUCUCCAACAUCAGGCAUCGGUGUGGGUGCAGGCAGCAGUGUGCGUGGGGUGGUGAGGGAGGCGCCACCACAUGCUUCUCCGCAUGAUACGAUUCUGGCGUGCAGCUCAGCGCUCUAUGGGGACGAAAUGGUGUCGUGGUGUCAUGGGGACAUAUGCCACAUCGCCUCGGAAAAGGCCUUAAAAGUCCACAAUUGCCGCCUGCCCGCCCGCGGCGGCGGCGGCAGCGGCGGGGGGCCGGGACCCCGGGGCCGCCGCCGGGGAGGGGCUGCGGGCGCGGCGGCCGCCGCCGCCGCUGCCGCCGCCGCCCGCCCGCCCGCGUCGGUCCGGGACCCUGGGGCCGCCGCCGGGGAGGGGCUGCGGGCGCGGCGGCCGCCGCCGCCGCCCGACCGCCCGCGGGGGGCCGGGACCCCGGGGCCGCCGCCGGGUAGGGGCUGCGGGCGCGGCGGCCGCUGCCCGCCCGCGGGGGGCCGGGACCCCGGGGCCGCUGCCGAGGACGGGCUGAGGGCUUUGGGAUCCCAUUCUUCAUGGAAGAGGGUUUCCAGUUGGGGUAACUCUCCCCGGGAGUGGACGAGACAGCUCAUGCAGAGGUGGUCGCGAUGA